AUGGCGGACGCGGCGAACGAGUGCGCGGCGAAGACGGUGCUGCCGAGACGGGCGGACGAGGUGAUCGAGACGUUGCGCGCGGUGGCGAGGUGCGGGGACGAUUUCUCGCGAGCGAUGGUGCCAGGGUCGGGGUGCGCGCUGUUGGACGCGAUGGAUGGGGGGAAAGCGCUGAUGACGGCGAGGCGAAACGCGGACGUCGCGACGGCGUAUUUCGAGGCGUUGGCGAGCGCUUUAGGGGUCGAGAACGAACGCGCGAUGGGGUUGUUUCGCGCGCUGGCGACGGUGAACGUGUUUGAGCACGACGAUCGGCCGACUGUGUUCGGCGUGAUGGAUGUUUUUCAAGGGUUGGCGUGCUCGGCGUCGGCGCAGUCCGCCGUCGCCGUGGCGGCGGCGUUGGAGAAGAGCGGCGCUUUAGGCGAUUUCAUCGCUCGGGCGUUCGUCACCAUGGCCGCGCGCGAGGACGACGCGGACGCCAUCGAUGUGGCGAUGUCGAGACGAUUCUUCGCGUUCGUGAUUUUCGUGUUACGCGCGAGGAGUGAACGAUUUCAAGCGCUCGCGUUCGCCGGCGUGGAAAGCGCGGCGACGCCCGUCGUCGCGCGAUUGUGUCUGUCUCGCGCGGGAUCGGAGCCCAACGCCGCGGCGCUGUACCAAGAGAUCAAGCGUCGCGAAAGGUAG